AUAAAACAAAACCCAUCAAAAAAAGGUAAACGUAGUAUAAGCAGCUUCAGCUAAAUCUCCUCCAACUUCUACAGCUCUUCUGAAUCUUUGAAUAUUCCCAAUAAUUAGAUUCUUGGCUUCCUUUAAUGAAUCUGUGAUUAAGAAGCUAUUAAUUGGUUGUGCUUUUGACAAAUUUUGGUUUGUAGAAGAGGGUUCUUGAACAAUUCUGAUGGUUUCUUUCAAUGAUUGAUUGUAUAUGUUCAAUGCAAAUGAUAGUGGUUUAAUGAUAGGAUUGUUAGAGUAGCUAGUAGGUAGUUUUGAUGGAGGACAAUUAUAAUGGUGAGGAUUUGCUGGGAAAUGUGAUUAGGCCAUCACCAUUGAGGACUUUAAAGCCUACAUUGUCAGGAAGAUCGACCCCUAGGUCUUCUCCUACGUUUCGGAGGUUUCCUUCUUCUCGAACACCUAGACGAGAGGGUAGAUCUAGUUGGGGUAAGUUUCAGUGGUUUAGGAAUGAUCGAUUGGUGUACUGGUUACUUCUGAUUACUUUGUGGACUUAUGGUGGGUUCUACAUUCAGUCUAGGUGGGCUCAUGAAGAUAAUAGAGGGAAUGAAGUUGGGUUCGGUAGUAAUUCCAGGAAUGAGGUCUUUGAUUCAGCUCAGAAUCAGCGUCGUGAAUUGAAAUCAGAUGAUGUUUAUGUUAACAUAACGGAUCACCUUAGUCAUAGUCUGAUAGGAAACGGGAGCAAGUUAAAUGGAAGCAUAAAUCUAUCCUUGGCUGAACAAGCAAAUGAAAAAUUACCUGCUAAAGUGAAACCCCCUCGGCUUUUAUCAAUGAAAAAGAGGAAUAAGAAAGGGAGGCGUGGUUCACAGAGAAAAACACCCCGGAAACAGAGUGUGGAGUAUGCUAGAACAAGAAAUGAAGAUGCACUAGAAGAAGAGAUUCCAAGGAGCAAUUCUUCCUAUCAGAUGCUUGUGGGUCCAUUUGGAUCUACUGAGGACAGAAUUCUUGAGUGGAGCCCUGAGAAACGAACAGGAACAUGUGAUAGAAAUGAGCUUUUUGCACGCCUAGUCUGGUCGAGAAACUUUGUGUUGAUUUUUCAUGAGCUAUCAAUGACCGGAGCUCCCCUUUCCAUGCUUGAGCUUGCGACGGAACUUCUAAGUUGUGGGGCAACAGUUCAUGCUGUAGUUCUCAGCAGACGAGGUGGUUUAAUGUCCGAACUCACAAAGAGAAGGAUCAAGAUCAUUGAUGACAAGGCAGAGCACAGCUUCAAAAUUGCCAUGAAAGCCGAUCUUGUAAUCGCUGGAUCAGCAGUUUGUGCACAGUGGAUAGAGCGAUAUCUUGUUUAUUUCAAUGCUGGCUCUAAUCAGAUUGCCUGGUGGAUCAUGGAGAAUCGUCGUGAGUACUUUGAUCGAUCAAAGUCCAUGCUUAACCGAGUAAAAAUGCUUGUAUUCCUUUCAGAAUUACAGUCUAAGCAGUGGCUUGGCUGGGCUAAAGAGGAAAACAUUACGUUGACAACCCAAACAGCAUUGAUUCCACUUUCUGUCAAUGAUGAAUUGGCCUUUGUAGCAGGUAUCCCCUGCUCACUUAAUACUCCUUUAUCAAACCCAGAGAGAAUGUUACAGAAACGUCAGCUGCUACGACAAGCUGUGAGGCAGGAGAUGGGAUUGACUGAUGAUGAUAUGCUUGUCAUAUCUCUCGGUAGCAUAAAUGCUGCUAAGGGUCAGCUCCUGCUUGUUGAAUCAGCAUAUUUGGCAAUUGUAGAAAAAACUUCUCAAAGCAAAGUCAUACAAAAGUCUUUACAGGAAUCGGAUAAAAAGACAUCCAAAUAUGCUAGGAAGUUUCAUUUAAGAGGCCUAGUCUCGAAGAAGAACCGUAAUAUUCGUGCAUCCCAUAAGGUGAACCGCACGGAUCCUGCAAAAUCUGAUACUUCUCAGAGCAUCUCAAUUGUCGAUGCUAGCCAUGAAGUUUCCAUAGAGAAACUUAAGAUUCUUAUUGGUUCAGUUGGAUCUAAGAGCAAUAAGGUGAUGUAUGUGAAAGAAAUUCUUGACUUUGUGUCAGAACAUUCAAACGUGUCCAAAUCCAUCCUAUGGAGUCCGACAACAACACGUGUUGCCUCACUUUAUUCGGCUGCAGAUGUUUAUGUCACCAAUUCGCAGGGGCUUGGAGAGACUUUUGGAAGAGUGACAAUUGAGGCAAUGGCGUUUGGUUUACCUGUUCUUGGAACAGAUGCAGGAGGUACAAAAGAAAUCGUUGAGCAAAACGUUACAGGUCUACUCCAUCCAGUGGGACAUCCGGGGACUAAAAUCCUGGCUGAAAAUCUUCGGUAUAUGCUGAAAAACCCAUCAGCUAGACAGCAAAUGGGACAGAGAGGUAGGGAAAAGGUAGAGAGAAUGUACUUGAAGCGGCAUAUGUACAAGUUGUUCUUCGAGGUCUUAUUCAAGUGCAUGCGAAUCAAGUAGAAUUUUGGUAUCGGAGAUUAUUAUUUCCACUCAUUCAAUCGUCAAUCUGGUAUCUCAGAUCUUAAGGCAACUGUUUCGACGAUAUUGGAACACCAUUUGUUCUAGGAGACCAUCGGGAUUCCUGGUAGUUCUCCAUUCCUUCUUGCAGAAUUAUUUGUAUUGUUGUAUACACUUGAUUCUCUCGUAACAUUGAUACUGUAAUCUCUACAACACAUUCAUAGUAUAGAACAUUAGAUUGUUCUAGUCUUCUCGUGUAGCAAUCACAACUUACCUCUUGUGUUCAUAACCACAACCGGACAAUUGAGGGUGUUUGAUGAAAUAGUUUACCGGAUA